CGGCUGCCACCCACCUUGGGCCGAGACAACAUCUGUGCUCACCGGCGUCACCGCCGGGCAUGGACUCGCCACUGAGCCAACCUGCGCUGCUCGCGCUAUCCUUGCUCUUCCUCCUCGCGCUCCACCUCGCGCGUCGGCGCCGCGGCAGAGGCAGGAACCGGAACUACCCGCCGGUGGCCGGCACCGUGCUGCACCAGCUGCUCAACUUCGGGCGCCUGGUGGAGUACCAAACCGAGCUCGCCCGCCGGUACCGCACCUUCCGCAUGCUCACCCCGACCUGCAACUACGUCUACACCGUCGAGCCCGCCAACGUGGAGUACAUGCUCAAGACCAACUUCGCCAACUACGGCAAGGGGGCGACGAUGCACGACGUUCUGGAGGACCUCCUCGGCGAUGGCAUCUUCAACGUGGACGGCGCCAGGUGGCGGCACCAGCGGAAGGUCGCCAGCCACGAGUUCUCCACCCGGGUGCUGCGCGACUACAGCAGCGGCGUGUUCCGCGACACCGCCGCGGAGCUCGCGGGUAUCGUGGCCGCCGCCGCGCGGGGCGACGGGGGGAUCAGGGUGGACAUCGCGGACCUGCUGAUGCGGUCGACGCUGGACUCCAUCUUCAAGAUCGGGUUCGGCGUCGGCCUGGGCUCCCUGUCCGGGUGCAGCAAGGAGGGCGCGGCGUUCGCCAGGGCGUUCGACGACGCCAGCGAGCAGGUGCUGUACCGCUUCUUCGACGUGUUCUGGAAGGCCAAGAGGCUCCUCAACGUCUCCUCGGAGGCGGCCAUGAAGCACUCGGUCCGCACCAUCAACGACUUCGUGUACGCCGUGAUCGACAGGAAGAUCGAGCAGAUGGGCAGAAACCAUCAGGAAUUCGCCAAGAAAGAGGACAUCCUGUCGAGGUUCCUGCUCGAGCGCGAGCGAGAUCCCGGCUGCUUCGACAACAAGUACCUGCGGGACAUCAUCCUCAACUUCGUCAUCGCCGGCCGCGACACCACGGCGGGGACUCUGGCCUGGUUCCUCUAUAUGCUCUGCAGGAACCUGCACAUCCAGGAAAAGAUCGCGCUGGAGGUGCGCGCCGCCACCACGGGCGACCGCGACGUCGGUGUGCAGGAGUUCGUCGCGUUCCUGACCGAGGACGCCAUCAGCAAGAUGCAGUACCUGCACGCCGCGCUGACGGAGACGCUCCGGCUCUACCCAGCCGUGCCCAUCGAUGUGAAGUACUGCUUCUCGGACGACACGUUGCCGGACGGCUACGCGGUGAGGAAAGGGGACAUGGUGAACUACCAGCCGUACCCCAUGGGCAGGAUGAAGUUCCUGUGGGGCGUGGACGCAGAGGAGUUCCGGCCGGAGAGGUGGCUCGACGACGAUGGCGUGUUCGUCCCCGAGAGCCCCUUCAAGUUCACGGCUUUCCAGGCGGGGCCUCGCAUCUGCUUGGGAAAGGAGUUCGCGUACAGGCAGAUGAAGAUCUUCGCGGCCGUGCUGCUCUACCUAUUCAGAUUCGAGAUGUGGGAUGCCAGCGCCAUCAUGGGUUACCGGCCUAUGCUGACGCUCAAGAUGGAUGGCCCGCUCUACGUUCGCGCGUCGCUCCGGCGAUGAGAUGCGGUUGGAGGUUAGCCUGAUGCCCUGAUGCCAAAACGUCAACGCCUCCGUGUGUCCCAUGGUCUGAUCGUGUCUACUUUGGAAAGUAGGAUUUGAAAAUGAGAUAUUUCCAUCUGUUGGUAUCCUCGAGAACGUGGGGUUCAGCAGCUGUGCAUAGUAUUAUAUUGGAUGAUUAUUGUAAUAGAGUAGGAUCAAGCUGAUCAAAACAAAUAAAGUUGCCAGAUUUGCACAGUC